AUGCCAUACGCAGGACCAGCUGAAGACGAUUCCACCUCUACAGUUACAACUACCACGACUACCACAUUCUCCACUACCAUUAAAAAUAACAAUUCCAAAACCUUUCUUUUAUCAUCGUCUCUUCAAGACUACAACAGUAACAAUAUUACAACUUCUUCAUACAAUGCUUCCAAUAUCGAAACCACUUCAAGACAUAAAUUUUCAUCGUCUUUUCAACCAGAAUUCUUAACAGCCUCUUCAAGACGUAAAUCUGCUCCCGAGUUUUUAAAACCUUUACUAAUCCCACAAAAAAAUUUUCAACAUGAAGAUGAUCAAUUAAUAAUUAUAAAAAAAAAAAAUGGCGAUAUAGUUAAACCUUCCCUAAAGAAAAGAUCAAAAUCUGAGCCUAAUACUCCAAUACUACCAAAAUAUGUUCAUUUCAACGCCGAUCUAGAACAAAUACGUCUAUUCAGAGAAGCUCAAGAACCUCAAGCUGUCAAUGACGACGACGAUGGUUAUUAUAGGAAUUUCAUCGAUCAAGAACCUGAACUAACCAUCACCCUACCAAAUAUGCCUCCAAUAACAACAUUACAUAGUUCCAAGCCUGUAUAUGUCGAUUCUAUAUUCUUGUCAAGAGAUAAAAAUAAAUUACAAGGUCGUAUAAUGGUGCAAAAUAUCGCUUUCCAUAAACUGGUUGAAGUCAGAUACACUUUUGAUUUCUGGCAAACUGUAUCAGAAGUUAAAGCUACCUAUGCAGGAGGUAUAGCUGAAAAAGACAAAGAUAGUUUCGAUGUUUUUAUAUUCUCGAUAGAAUUAUUCGACAAUUCAAGAAACCCCAUUGAUGGAAAAACGAUGUAUUUUGCUGUACAUUAUAAUGUUAGUAAUCGUGACUAUUGGGAUAACAAUUCUGGUUCAAACUAUCGAGUAAAUUUCAAAAAAGUAAAGAAAUCGUCAUCAUCAUCGCAGGGUAACCACCAUUGUCAUCAAAAUAAUAAUAUUAAUAAUCAAGGAUCAUUACCUACUGCUAUUGCUACCAAUUCAUCAUCAUCAAGAAAAUGGCCAAUAAUACCUUCAACACCAGUGAAUCAUCUUCCAAAAAAAAGUUUAAGUUACGACUGUCAUUCGCCACCAAAUUCCAACACUCGUACUUCAAUAGCUGAUUCAAGAAAAAAAGGAGUUGCGGGCCGUUAUGAUAUUGGAGUAUCAUUAUCAGCAGCUCAAAAUAUCCCACCAACAACAUUAUCAUCACCGAUUUCUUCAUUUACACGAACUAAUUAUUAUCAUCAAACACCAUACUUUCCAGCAAUUUCAUGUGAUGCUGCUUAUAAAUCAUUUUCUUCAGGAAGUUGUUACAUUGAUGGUAUGCCAGUCACAACAGAAACAGCGCCAUUAUCAUCACCAUCGCUUCAAUGGGAAGGUUCGCCUAAAAAAUCAUUUGGUGGGUUUCCAUUAAUGUCAUCAAAUCCAAUAGCAAUACCAACCACAAAAUCUUCAAGUUCUUAUUAUGAUCAUAUUGUUUCACAAUAUUGUUUCUCGUCUGGCUCACCUUGUGCAACCGCUGCUUUAGCCUCUUCGCCAUAUGCUAGCUCUCCACCAGUAAUGUAG